AUGUUCUAUGGGUAUUUUACGACAAAACGCUUCGACGCAAAGCACCUGCCGAAAAAAUGGCUGGGAAUCCUCCCCACCGCAGAGAAGCUGAAGAUACAGCGAAUACAGACGCUGACAGUUGGCAAACUGGCCAAAAUGGAGCCACCUAACGUGGAUCCUAUUGCCCGAAUUGCUGUACAGCAACGCUACGAUAUGGACAUGACUUGGGCUAAGGACGCUUUCAUGGACGUCGUCCAACGCACGGAGCCUCUAACAGAGGAAGAGGCCAUAGACAUUGGGACCUUCGCCACCGUCACGCAGUCCCCAAUUCUUUGGGAAAUGCUGUCUACGAACUCUUCAAUAUCCCUACCUGACGUCACAAGCAGCAUGCAUUUUUCGAUCUUUGACAUGGAAGCCAAGCCAAUGCAACUCCCUGCGAUGGGCCGGAUAGCAGGCCUGUUCAAGACGGAUGCCGUCAUUGAAUUGACAACAGAACGCAUGAAAGACACGAUGAUCGACAUCGAACAAGUCAAAGCCAUCGAUCUACAUUAG